AAGCUCAGGAGGGGGAUGGCUCUUCAUAUUCAUGAAGCCUACAUAUUUCUCUUGCUAAUUCCUUCUUUGGUCACCCCAGCUGCUUUCAACCAUGAAGAUUACCCUGCUGAUGAAGGUGAUCAGAUUUCAAGUAAUGAUAAUAAUCUGAUUUUUGAUGACUAUCGAGGGAAAGGAUGUGUGGAUGACAGUGGUUUUGUAUACAAACUAGGGGAGCGUUUUUUCCCUGGGCAUUCCAACUGUCCAUGUGUUUGUACUGAGGAUGGGCCUGUUUGUGACCAACCAGAAUGCCCCAAAAUCCACCCAAAGUGUACUAAAGUAGAACACAAUGGAUGCUGUCCAGAAUGCAAAGAAGUGAAGAACUUUUGUGAAUACCAUGGGAAAAGUUACAAAAUCUUGGAGGAAUUUAAGCCCUCGCCAUGCGAAUGGUGCCGUUGUGAGCCCAGCAAUGAAGUUCACUGUGUUGUAGCAGACUGUGCCGUCCCUGAAUGUGUCAACCCAGUCUAUGAACCAGAACAGUGUUGUCCAGUCUGCAAAAAUGCUUACUAUCACAGCAGGAUGAAGGUUCGUAUAUUAGUGGAAGGGGAGACAGAGAUGAACUGUAUUCCAAAGUGCUAUUUAUCAAAAUCCAGUGAUGCGAUUGCUAUUGAGGCUUGA